AUAAAUAUUUAGCGCAUGACACAGAAAACGACAAACUCGCCUCACUUCAACAGUAGAGCAAUGGGCGAACUGUCUCUGUAAUCUGUAUCCUGUUCAAUCCACCAUUUGAAUCCAUGCCCUUAAUUUUUCUACUUAACUGUAUAUUGACUUGGGAUCUUUGAGGAGAAAGAGCUAAGCUAAGUGAUCUGAAAGAUGAAGCUGACACCCAGAGAGGUGGAGAAAUUAGGACUGCAUAACGCUGGUUAUCUUGCCCAGAAGCGUCUCGCUCGGGGCCUCAGGCUCAAUUACUCUGAGGCCGUAGCUCUCGUUGCCACUCAGAUUUUGGAGUUUGUUCGCGAUGGUGAUAAGACAGUGGCUGAUUUGAUGGAUGUUGGGAAAUGUUUACUGGGAAGGAGACAAGUUCUUCCUGCAGUUCCACACCUUUUGGAUUCCGUGCAGGUUGAAGGAACAUUUCCAGAUGGGACCAAGUUAGUCACUGUUCACAAUCCUAUUGCUAGUGAAAAUGGAAAUCUGGAGCUAGCUUUACAUGGUUCCUUUCUUCCAGUUCCUUCACUUGACAAGUUUCCUGGAAUAGAAGAAAAUGAAAUUCCGGGCGUGUUUAUCUUUGGAGAUGGAAAUAUUACACUUAAUCCUGGAAGGAAAGCAGUGAUUCUCAAAGUUGUUAACCGUGGAGACAGACCAAUUCAGGUGGGCAGCCACUAUCAUUUCAAUGAGACAAACCCAUGCUUGUAUUUUGAUCGAAUGAAAGCAUAUGGCAUGCGCCUGAACAUUCUAGCAGGAACAGCUAUACGAUUUGAGCCAGGGGAAUGCAGAAGUGUUGUCCUUGUAAGCAUUGGAGGUAAAAAGGUUAUCAGAGGCGGAAAUGGCAUUGUUGAUGAUCCAGUUGAUGAUGCCAAUUAUGCAACAGUAUCAAAAACUGUAAAAUCAAGAGGAUUUGGGAAUCAGGAAGAAGAAAAUGCUCGUGAAGGUGUAACUGGAGAAGAUUCUGAUUUCACCAUUGUUGUUUCUCAUGAGGCCUAUGCUAACAUGUAUGGCCCUACUACGGGUGACAAAAUCCGGCUUGGUGAUACCAAUCUUUAUGCUGAAAUUGAAAGAGAUUUUGCUAUUUAUGGGGAUGAAUGUGUUUUUGGAGGUGGGAAAGUUAUAAGGGAUGGAAUGGGCCAGUCAUGUGGGCAUCAACCAGUUGACUCUCUUGAUGCUGUGAUAACAAAUGCUGUGAUCAUUGAUUACAGUGGAAUCUACAAGGCAGAUAUUGGUAUUAGAGGUGGUCUUAUUGCUGCUAUUGGAAAAGCAGGAAAUCCUGAUAUCAUGAAUAAUGUUCAUUCUGAUAUGAUCAUUGGAGUUAACACUGAGGUUAUCGCGGGCGAAGGAAUGAUUGUAACUGCAGGGGCCAUAGAUUGUCAUGUGCACUUCAUAUGCCCCCAGCUUGUAUACGAGGCAAUAUCAAGUGGCAUCACAACACUUGUGGGAGGUGGAACAGGACCCGCUGAUGGGACACGUGCAACUACCUGCACUCCUGCUCCAUCACAAAUGAAAUUGAUGCUGCAAUCUACUGAUGACCUGCCUCUGAAUUUUGGGUUCACUGGAAAAGGUAAUGGUGCCAAACCCGAUGAGCUACAAGAAAUAAUCAAGGCUGGGGCAAUGGGACUAAAGUUGCAUGAGGACUGGGGAACUACUCCUGCUGCAAUAGACAAUUGUUUGACUGUCGCAGAAGAAUAUGACAUACAGGUCAAUAUCCACACAGACACCUUGAAUGAAUCUGGAUUCGUGGAACACACAAUUGCUGCAUUUAAAGGAAGAACAAUUCAUGCGUAUCACAGUGAAGGUGCAGGUGGUGGUCAUGCUCCAGAUAUUAUCAAAGUAUGUGGUGUAAAAAAUGUCCUACCGUCAUCAACAAACCCUACCCGGCCUUACACUUCCAAUACCAUCGAUGAACAUCUUGAUAUGCUGAUGGUCUGCCAUCAUCUUGACAAAGACAUUCCAGAAGAUGUAGCUUUUGCUGAAUCAAGGAUAAGGGCUGAAACAAUCGCUGCGGAGGAUAUAUUGCAUGAUUUGGGGGCAAUUAGCAUUAUAUCUUCUGAUUCGCAAGCUAUGGGACGCAUUGGAGAGGUCAUAAGCAGAACUUGGCAAACUGCUCACAAAAUGAAAUCACAGAGGGGAUCAAUUGGCCCUGGUGGAUCAGACAAUGAUAACUUCCGUAUCAAACGAUAUAUUGCAAAGUACACUAUAAACCCAGCAGUAGCAAAUGGGUUUGCUGAAUUAAUUGGUUCAGUUGAGGUGGGAAAGUUGGCUGAUCUUGUUUUAUGGAAGCCUUCUUUCUUUGGGGCAAAACCAGAAAUGGUGAUUAAGGGUGGUGUAAUUGCAUGGGCUGAAAUGGGUGAUCCAAAUGCAAGCAUCCCCACACCUGAACCGGUGAUUUCAAGACCUAUGUUUGGAGCCUUUGGCAAGGCUCCAAGUGCUAACUCCGUUGCUUUUGUCAGCAAGAUCGCAGCGUAUAAUGGGAUAAAGGCUUUGUAUGGACUCAGCAAAAGAGUGGAAGCCGUAGGCAAUGUUAGGAGACUCACUAAACUUGACAUGAAGCUUAAUGAUGCCCUUCCUAAUAUCACAGUAGAUCCAGAAACAUAUACAGUGACAGCAGAUGGUGAGGUUCUCACCUGUACUGCUUCCACCACGGUUCCGCUCUCUCGGAAUUACUUCCUUUUUUAGACAUCAUAAUGAAUAUCACAACUAAUAAAUUAGAAUAAAUGUACGAAUUUCCUUUCUUUUCA